AUGGAUGACAAAUCAUUUGAUUAUGAAGAAUGCCUUGAGUAUUAUGACCCUGAUAUUGUCUACAAGAUAUUGGAUGACAAUAAAAGCUACCUUGAAAAUAUAUCUGAAAUUCUAUCUACUCCAAAGACCACAAUGGAUAAAAGUAUAAUGACUGAUCAUGAGUAUGAUAGUAAAGACUUCAUGUUUGAUAAAAGAGCAUUAAAUUAUGUGAAAAAUUUUGUAAUAUCAAGUAUUGAACAUUUAGAGCAAGAUGAAA